AUGAGAAUGCCUCGGGAUCAAACACCAAGGCUGACCAUCUCGUGCGGGGGUGGAUCGAAUGUCUGGUCAGGGGAACUCCACCCUCGGCAAGUGUGGGGAAUUGCUCGGGGAGCUUUCGAUCGUAUAAAGAGUCAAAGACCGUAUUCUUACCGAGUUUUGCUGAGCAAAACCAUAUACUUCGGUGAUAUGGGUCGACGUCACGCGAAUCCGCUGCACAAUCCAUUGCACUAUGCUGCAGCUCAAUUGAAAUCAGGCCCUCCCGUCACCGCCGCCGCAGCCGAGAGAGCUCUCCCAAUGAUUGUCGGAGCUGGCGCCGCUGGUUGCGUCCUUGCAAGCAAGCUUUCAGAAGAUGAAGGCGCGUCUGUGCUAGUUCUUGAGGCUGGCGGAGAUAACACCAAGGUGUUGGAGACCAAAAUCCCGCUCAUGUUUUCGAAGCUGUUCCACAGCGACCAUGACUGGGACUACUAUACCGUAGAACAGCCAGCUGUAGCCUCUCGUCGGAUGUACUGGCCUCGAGGCCGAAUCAUCGGUGGGUCUUCUUCAAUGAAUGCCAUGAUGUAUCAUCACUGCUCGGCUUCCGAUUUUGAUGAGUGGGUUUCGGUUCAUGGCUGCACGGGUUGGGGAUAUGAAGAUCUCGCGCCACACCUGCGAUGCAUGGAGAAGUUCACGCCGAACUCAGCUCGCCCAGCCAUCGAGGCGGCGAACCGUGGAAACGCCGGCCAGUGGCAGACAGGUUACUCUUGGUUGUCGCAGAUUGUCGAGGAUGGCUUCCUGCCGGCGUGCGAUGAUGUUGGCAUCCCUCCAAAUAGCGAUAUCAAUACUGCUACUGGCAGUCUUGGAGUGACAAGAUUCCAAACCUUUAUUGACAGCAAGGGCCAACGUUCUUCGCUUGCCACGGCGUUCCUCCCCCCAAAGGUUAUGAACCGGCCUAAUUUGUAUGUCGCUUGCGGCGCUUAUGUUACCAAAGUCUUGUUUGACCGAAUCAACAACAAGAAACCAACAGCCAUCGGCGUUGAGUUUCAGACAACCCAAGGUGGUGAGCGAUAUCAGGUUCAUGCCAAAAAGGAAGUAAUUCUCUCCGCCGGAGCCGUCAACACUCCCCAGACGCUUCUCUUGAGUGGCAUCGGGCCAGAGCAAGAAUUGAAAAAGCAUUCAAUUGCUCCGGUGAUUACGAACGAUAACGUGGGAAAGCAGCUAAAGGACCACCUUUGCAGCAAUGGUGUCCUUUGCAAGGCCAAGACAGGUUCGACUCUUGACUAUCUCGCAAGCGAUGUCAAGGCCAUACCAGCCCUGGUGCAAUGGCUACUGUUUGGAACUGGGCCACUGACCAGUAACGUUGGCGAGGCCGCAGCAUUUGUCCGAACUUUUGACCACAAGUUUCCAGGAUCGGCUGGUGUAAUCCCCAAAAACUACACUUCUGGUGACCAAGCCCCAGACCUGGAGAUCAUUGGUGCGCCGAUUGCUUUCAUCCAUCAUGGAGAGGAACGACCUUUAGACGAUGCCAAUGUCUUUAGUCUCGCUCCAAUCGGCCUACGGCCACAGAGCAGUGGUACAAUUAGUCUCAAGACCAUCAUUGAUCCAAGGUAUCUCACCGACGACGACGACAAUGACAGAAAAGUCUUGCUAGCUGGGCUUCGACUUUGUCUCAAGAUAAUGCGCAGUCCCGCGUUCCAGAAGUAUUUGGACCCUGUCCCAACCAAUGAUGACACGUCUUCAUAUUGGUGGCCGUAUUCUUGCAGUGAUGUUGAUGCGAUCACCGAUGAGCAACUUAGUCGCUAUCUGGUUGAGCGGGCCUUUACUCUGUACCAUCCGGUCGGUUCUGCUCGAAUGGGUCAGACAUCAUCAAAUAGUGUUGUUGACCUUGAGUGUCUUGUGCACGGAGUUGACGGGUUACGAAUUGUUGAUGCUAGCAUCUUCCCAGAGCAGAUCAGUGGUCAUCCUACCGCACCCAUUGCCGCGAUCGCGCACAAGGCAAGUGAGAUGAUUAGAAGAAGUCAUUCCGUUGUUUAG